AUGGGAUCUUCUUCAGGGCAGAGUGGAUACGAUCUGUCUUUCAAGAUCUUGUUGAUUGGAGAUUCUGGUGUUGGUAAAAGUAGUUUGCUUCUCAGCUUCAUUUCCAGCUCUGUCGAAGAUCUUGCUCCCACCAUCGGUGUUGAUUUCAAGAUCAAACAGCUGAAAGUGAAAGGGAAAAGAGUAAAACUUACUAUCUGGGACACAGCUGGACAGGAAAAGUUCAGAACAUUGACGAGUUCUUAUUUCAGAGGCUCCCAAGGAAUCAUUCUCGUUUAUGAUGUGACGAAAAGAGAGACAUUUCUAAACUUAGCUGAUGUUUGGGCUAAAGAGGCUGAGCUCUACUCGACUAACCAUGACUGCAUCAAGAUGCUCGUUGGCAACAAAGUCGAUAGAGUGAGUAGUAGUAAUAGUAACACUUGUUAUCAACUUCAACUUGAACUAGGUUUCGCUUAG